AUGCCGCCGCCUACAUCUCCAACUCAUCAACCAAACGACAACUCACCUACCAAUCAAAAUUCAAAUCAGAAUAAUUCCUUAAAUCAUAUUAGAAGAUUCGGAAAUGCUUCUUCAGAAUCUUUUCCUACAUUAAAUUCAUUAAAUAUUAUAUCUGAUUAUUUAUAUAGAAAUGAAAAUCAUAAUAAUUUGAAUCAUGAAGAUAAUUCUCGUUAUGAAAGUAGACAAGAAGCUAAUUUUAGAUCUAGAAUACUACGACACUUUAGUGAAAUUCAUAGAUUACAAAAUCAUUUUAAUACUUUAGUUAAUUCAUCAGAAAGUUAUACUCGUGAUACUACAAUGGAAGAUACUUCUAAUGUUGAAGUAAGUAGUAUACCUACACAACUAAGAAAUUUAUCUAGAGAAUUAUCAAGAACAAGAAAUAGAGAAGCAUAUUUUGUUGAAUCUACUGAAGAAGAUGAUCAAAGUUUCCAAUUUGAAGAUGAAAAUGAUCAAGAAUUAAUUUACUAUUCAGAUGAUGAUCAUAGCGGUGAAGAUACUGCUGCCGCCGAUCCAAACGAAGGUGAAGAAAAUGCAAGAAAUAAUAUUAGAUCAAAUGAAAGAUUACUUCUAACUUCCGCAAGAAAUUUACAGAGUGCUACAAUUCCAUUUGUUUCAGGGGUACCACUAAGAAGACAAAAUGCAAUAAGAAUCAAAAGUGUCUUGACUAAAGAAGAAGAAGAAGAUGAGGAAGAGGAUGCACCAAGAUUAAAUGGUAAAUUGGUAAGUGAAUUAUUAAAUUCAGAAGCUCAAGUAUUAGAAAAUGAAAUGAAAACUAUAAUCGAGACCAUUAGUCAAAAUAAAGAAAAAUCACUUUUGUUUCCACAUAGAAAUAAUCGAUAUAGAACAAUGUUUUUCUCAAGUUUUAAUAUUUUAUGUCCACCAGAUCCAUCUCAAGAUACUUAUAAUAUUAAUCAAACAUUAGAUGAUUUUUUGUGGAAAAGAAAGAAUAAACUAUUAUUCUUGAAGCAAAAUAUACCACCACCACCACCAACAACAACUUCCAAAAAGAGAGCAAAAGAACCAAAACAUUCAAACUUAAAAAGACAAAAACUUUCCUCCACUGCAGAUGAAACAAUAAAUGUAUUGCAAAACGAAGAUAUCAAUUAUCCAUGUUACAAAGUUGAUAAAGAACAAUUAAUGGAUGGUCUAUCAACAAGUGAUUUUCAAUCUGGAUCUUCGUACUCAUUAAAAUUGGACUGUCCAUCAUUUAAUACAUUUAAUUUAUCAUUCAUCAAUACCGACACUAACCUCAAUGGAACCAUUAAUGUUGAACCAGAAGGAAGUCUAGAAACGCUAUUUUUAAAAUUACACAACUUUACAAAAUUUCUUUGUGGAAUGCCAUUAAAUUCAUAUCAAUUGCCAAGAAACGCAAUAUUAAUCAGAAAAUUAAAUGUAUUAGAUAGAUUAUCAAUUGACAACAAAAUUUUAUAUUCCAAAACCAAACCAAUAAAAACAUUUUAUAUCCCAUGUGAUGGAUCAAAAGUUGAUUUUAAAACAAAUGAUUUAAGAUUUAUGAAACUGGAAAAAUUAGUAUCAUCGAGAUUCAAUAUUAGUAAAAUAAGAAUACAAUUAUUAGAAUGGAUGAAAAUCAAUCCAUUUUUACAAUUUAAAGAAAAUUUCUUGUAUAAUUUCUUACAAGAUUUACAUCAAGACUUAAAAGAAUUUAAAACUUCAAAAGCUCAAAGAUCAAGAAAAUCUGAAGCUAUUCAUUUAACAAGAGAAUUUAAAUCUAAUUUACCUGAAUUAACAAAAGAUUUUAAUUAUCAUAAAUCUUUCACUGACUUAGUAAAAAAUAGUGGAGUUAAAGAAAGAUGUAAAAGACAUACUGAAAUGUUUUUAAAAGAUUGGGAAAGUAGUCUUGCUUUUAAAUUAAGUGAUUUAAUAACAAGUGAAAAUUGUUCAACUUUGAUUAAUAUUCAGUUAAAUUAUAUUUUAUUUUCAUUAGAAAUUAAUAUUUCCAAAUUUUUAGACAAUUUUAUAAAUUUAAUUUUCAACUACUGUGAAAAUACUGAAUAUAUUGAAAAUUAUAAAAAAAUCUAUAAAAAUAUUUUAAAAGAUGAAAAAGAAGAUAUAAAAUGUAUAUUAAUUUGUUCAUUCCACAAAAGAACUGGAUUUUUAGAAAUUCAUAAUACAUUCAUAUAUACAAAUCCAUUAUAUACUCAAAAAUCAGGUGCAUUAAAUGUAAUUUUAACUGAUGAUUCAAGAUUAAAUGAAAUUAAUGGUAGAAAUAUGUAUGUUUAUGAUGAUUUUGAAAAUUUUAAUAGUUCUAAAACUCCAAUAAAUUCAAAAGAAUUUAAUUUAGAAUUUAAUGAGGAUGAAGAAAUUGAAGGUGGUAAUGAAAAUGAAGGUAAUGAAAAAAUUAAAGUUAAUAACAAUAGACAAAAUAAAAUUCUUGAUAAAUUAGUUGGUCAUAUAAUUUUAAAUUCUUCAGUUAAUGAAGUUUUAUGA